AUGGAGCAGAGAUCGUCGAAUCAGUUGCAGCAGAAGUCGCAAAGCCAGCCACAGCAACGAGAACUGAAGUGUUCGGUCUGCCAGAAGCCUGGACAUUAUGGAAGAUAUUGCCAGGAGUUCCUGAAACAGAGCUUGGACGAGCGGUGGAAAACAGUGAAGCGGUUGAACCUGUGUCCGCUUUGUCUGUACGACCACGGGCAACGAUCGUGUCGCAUCCGGAUAGCCUGUAAAGUCGACGGUUGUCAGGAGUACCACAAUGCUCUGCUACAUAGUGGCCCGAGUGAAGGAACCUCGCGAGCUCGAGUGCAAUGCAACAGUCAUCGUCAGCAGGAACGUGCAGUACUAUUCAAGAUGGCUCCAGUGACGCUCUACAACGGCAAGAAGAAGAUUGAUACGCUUGCUCUAAUCGACGAAGGAUCGUCAAUAACUAUCGUGGAUAGCGAAUUGGUGGAAUCGUUGGGAGCUGAUGGGCCGGUGGAAUCGUUGCAGAUGUGCUGGACAAAUGGUGUUCAGCGGACAGAGAAUCGGUCGAAGAAAGUUACGCUCGAGAUCUCCGCCAAAAAUUCGCCGUAUCGCUACGAUUUGAUGGAAGCCCGCACGGUGCACAAACUGGAUCUCCCUACACAACAGAUGGAUUCCCGGAAAUUGAAGGAGCAGUUCGAACAUCUCAAGGACAUACAGAUUCCCAGUUACGAAGUAGCUACACCGAAGGUGUUGAUUGGAAUCGACAACGCCCACCUGAUCGCGCCAUUGGACUCCCGAGUUGGAGAUUCUGGUGAGCCUGUUGCAGUUCGUUGCAAUCUCGGCUGGACGUUGUAUGGCCCGCGUCGAAAUGUCGUCAGCAGUGUAAACUUCUUGGGACAUCAUCGUUGUGUGGGUGAAGAAUGUAGCAUUGCAGAUAAGAAGCUGGAUGAAGCGUUGAAGCAGAAUUAUCAACUGGAGGAGGUCGGAACUUCGGUGAUUCGAUUGGAGUCAAGGGAAGAUCGCAGAGCGCGUGAGAUCCUAGAAAAGACGACCAAGAGAAUUGGUGAGAGGUUUGAAACCGGACUGCUCUGGAAGGAAGAUGACGUGCGAUUCCCUGAAAGCUUUGACAUGGCCUUGAAGCGGUUGCGAAGUUUGGAAGCUCGGAUGAAACGAAAUCCUGGGGUGCGAGAAAACUUGCAGAAGCAGUUGGAGGAAUAUCUCGCCAAAGGCUACGCGCAUCGCAUCACCGAGCGGGAGUUGAAAGAGACGCCGAAGGGAACGGAAUGGUACCUACCCUUGAAUUACGUGGUGAAUCCGAAGAAACCGGGCAAGGUGCGAUUGAUUUGGGAUGCGGCAGCGAAAGCACAUGGCGUGUCGUUUAACGAUAAACUGUUGACGGGACCGGACAUGAUAACUUCGUUGCCAGUUGUGAUAAGUGGUUUCCGUGAGAGACGUGUGGCGUUUGGAGGUGACAUCAGAGAGAUGUUUCACCAAGCAAAGGUUCGUCUGGAGGAUCGUCAAGCACAACGAUUUCUGUUCCUGGGUCCGAACGGAGAGGUGGAGAUUUUUGUGAUGGAUGUCGUGAUCUUCGGUUCUAGUUGCUCGCCAUGCUCUGCCCAGUUUGUGAAGAACCUGAACGCACGCGAACAUUCCGAGCACCCUGAAGCUGCAGAUGCUAUUGUCCGGAAGCAUUACGUCGAUGAUUAUUUCGACAGCACCGAUACUGAAGCGGAAGCAGUCAAACUAGCGAUGGAUGUCAGAAAGGUGCACGCAAAUGGAGGUUUCGAGAUACGGAACUGGGUCAGUAACUCGGAGGUGGUCCUGCAGGAGCUUGGAGAGCCAAAGUGCGCGGCGAAGCCGCUAGAAGUGGACAAGUCCUGCGAAUUCGAACGAGUCUUGGGGAUGUUAUGGGACCCGGAGGGAGAUAACUUCAUCUUCUCGACGGAGAUUCGGCAAGACCUUCAGCCAUACAUUCGGGAAGGUGCUUGGCCAACGAAGAGGAUUGCGUUACGGUGUAUAAUGAGUAUGUUUGAUCCGAAGCAGUUCUUGGCUCCUCUGCUCAUACAUGGCCGCAUCAUCAUGCAGGAUUUGUGGCGCAGUGGAAUCAAGUGGGACGAAAGGCUGACCGAGAAACAUUAUGAACGGUGGGUGAAAUGGACACAGUUAUUCCAUCUGAUCGACGAGAUCCGAGUUCCUAGGUGCUAUCUGGGCAGACUAGAUUCGAAGGCGUACGAUACGGUACAGUUGCAUGUGUUCACCGAUGCUGGCGAUGCGGCUUACGGGUGCGUUGCUUAUUUCCGAUUUGAGGACGGCGGAGUCGUUCACUGCGCAUUCAUUGAGGCAAAAGCGAAGGUGGCACCAUUGCAGUACCUGUCUACGCCACGAAUGGAGCUAGAAGCUGCUGUUCUAGGCGCGCGGCUGAUGAAGUCAAUCUGCGAUAGUCAUUCUGUUCCUGUUUUGAAGUGGUUCCUGUGGUGCGAUUCGUAUACUGUUGUGUCGUGGGUGAAGUCCGACCAACGAAGGUACAAACCUUUCGUUGCCCACCGAAUCGGAGAGAUUCUCAGCAUCACAAACCCUGAAGAUUGGCGCUGGGUAGGUACGAAGGACAAUCCAGCAGACGACCUAACGAAAUGGGGAAAAGGAACGGAAAUCAAGUCGGAGAGUCGUUGGUAUCGAGGUCCGGAGUUCCUGUAUAAAGACGUGUCAGAGUGGCCGAAGCAGAAACGUCCGGUGGUGGAGGUUCAAGAAGAACUACGCGCAAGCGUGCUGCUGCAUCAUAUUCUUUUGCCUGAGGGGUUGAUGGAGAGGAUGCAGCAUAUUUCUCGGUGGACGGUGAUGGUGCGAACGGUAGCAGUAGUGUUCCGUUUUGUGUCCAACUGUCGUCGUCGGAUCAAAAAGAUGCCGAUCGAAGCGUUGCCGAUUGAUGCUAAGCAAGCUGGACGUAUAGCGUUUGCAGCAGUUGAGGUACCGUUGCGGCAGGAAGAAUAUAUGUCUGCCGAAUCGUUGCUGUGGAGGAUAGUGCAAGCAGAGGAGUUCGCGGACGAGGUGAAGACACUCAUGAAGAAUCGGGAUUCAUCUGUAGCUCAAGAUUUACCACUGGAAAAGUCGAGUCCGAUUUAUCGCUUAUCACCAUUUCUGGAUGAAGAAGGAAUUGUGCGGAUGGAAGGUCGGACCGAGGCGGCUGACUACGUGGCGUUUGAUGCGAGGUUCCCGAUCAUUCUGCCGAAAGAUCACGUGGUGACCAAGAGACUGGUGCAACAUUAUCAUCGACAAUAUGGCCACGGUAGCAGGGAAACGGCAGUGAAUGAAAUUCGGCAGCGAUACUACAUACCUUGUCUACGCGUGUUGGUGGAGCAAGUGAUGCGGGAGUGCAUGUGGUGCAAGAUCCGGAAGGCAAAACCAACUGUGCCCAGGAUGGCACCACUACCCGAACAGCGAUUGGCUGCGAAGAUCGAUCCGUUUUCAAACGUGGGCAUCGAUUAUUUCGGGCCGCUAGAAGUGACCGUUGGAAGAAGGAAGGAGAAAAGAUGGGUGGCACUGUUCACGUGCUUAACUGUCAGAGCGGUGCACUUGGAGGUGGCGUACAGCCUGACGACGGAGUCGUGCAAAAUGGCGAUUAGGAGGUUUGUGAAGCGACGUGGCAGUCCGAUUGAGAUCUUCUCGGACAACGGUACGAAUUUCGUCGGUGCCAAUCGAGAUCUGGUGAAGGAGAUCAACGUUGCCUGUGCGGACACGUUCACUGGUGCAAGGACCCGUUGGACGUUUAACCCACCUUCAGCGCCACAUAUGGGGGGCGCUUGGGAGAGAAUGGUACGCUCGGUGAAAGAGGCACUGCAUGUCUUCACGGAUGGUCGGAAGCUGACGGAUGAGAUCCUGCAGACUGCACUGAUCGAGGCUGAGAACCUGGUCAACUCACGUCCACUUACGUACGUGUCAACCAACGUGAAGGAAGACAAAGAAGCGCUAACAGCAAAUCACUUCCUGCGUGGUCGAUCGUCGGCCGAAUGUCUACCGUCGAGGAUUCCGGUGGAUUUGGCUGAUACGUUGCGGAGCAGCUAUAGUCGAGCGCAGCAGUUAGCGGAUGGAUUUUGGGAUCGUUGGCAGCGGGAGUAUCUGCCGACCCUGAACAGACGGUCGAAGUGGUACUUGGACCAUCGAAAAGUGGCGAUAGGAGACCUGGUGUUUGUGGCUGAUGGCGAAAAGCGGAGUACCUGGGAGCGAGGCCUAGUGACGCAAGUGUUCGUUGGCAGUGAUGGGAGAAUCCGCUCAGCGUCCGUGCAGACCAGCCGGGGUGAGAAGCUGCGACCAGUAUCGAAGUUAGCCGUUUUGGAGAUUGAGGUGGAAAAUAGUAAUCCCCGUACUGUUCCCGAGUGA